GAUUUUCGAACACAACCUUUUUAUGGUUCUUCAUCCUUCAUGCCUUCGUGUACUAAAAUCUGUAAAUACAUCGAGGAAAGUGAAAUAUUGUGGUGUGUUACAACGAAUGCAUUAUUUAGAAAUUAUUUGUAAAAAAAACAUUCUCAUAUAUGGAUCAACUUCUUGCAAUAAUGGAAAAAGUGCGGAGAUACGAGAAAAUCGACUUUUUGGGCGAAGGACAGUUUGCCACUGUUUACAAAGCAAAGGAUGUAAAAACAAAUAAAAUAGUGGCUGUAAAAAAGAUCAAAGUCGGAAGUCGCGCAGAAGCCAAAGAUGGCAUAAACAGAACUGCUCUGCGAGAAAUUAAACUACUGCAAGAAUUAAAACAUGACAAUAUCAUUGGCUUAUUGGAUGUUUUUGGUCAUAAAUCAAAUGUGUCAUUAGUAUUUGAUUUUAUGGACACUGAUCUGGAAGUGAUAAUAAAGGACAGCAAUAUAGUCUUAACUGCAGCAAAUAUCAAAGCAUACAUGAAAACGCUGCAAGGCUUAGAUUAUCUUCAUUUUAAUUGGAUACUUCAUAGAGAUUUAAAGCCAAAUAAUUUGCUAGUGAAUUCAGAAGGUGUCCUCAAAAUUGGAGAUUUUGGCUUAGCAAAAUUUUUUGGAUCACCUAAUCGUAUAAAUACUCAUCAAGUUGUCACAAGAUGGUAUAGAGCACCAGAAUUACUUUAUGGUGCUAGACUUUAUGGAACUGGAAUUGAUAUGUGGGCAAUAGGUUGUAUAUUAGCUGAACUUUUACUGCGAGUACCAUUUUUGCCUGGUGAAUCUGAUUUGGAUCAGCUUACUAGGAUAUUUCAGACACUGGGUACUCCAACAGAUGAAACAUGGCCAGGAAUGAAAGAAUUGCCAGAUUUCAUUCAAUUUAAACCGUUUCCUGGAACACCAUUGAAGCAUAUAUUCACCGCUGCUGGUGAUGAUCUUUUGGAUUUAAUUGCUAGUUUCUUGAACGUGAAUCCAUUGGAAAGAUGUACAUGCGAUCAGGCACUACAGAUGCCAUAUUUCAGUAACAAACCUGCACCUACACCUGGAUCUAAAUUGCCUCUACCUACUACCAUUAAACGUCAACGUGAAGAAAGACCUAGUUUGAAAAGAAAACUGCUCGAGUCAAUAGAAGGUGCCUCUUUAGCUAAGAGAUUACAAUUUUAACCGAUUGAUAUUACAAAUGGCUAAAUCAAGAAAUCAUUCACAAGGUACAAGAAAUCUCAGAAGAUUAGAAAAACAGAAGUUUGUGAUACUGCAUAUGCAAGUAUUAUAUUACAUUGCAGCAGAUAUAAAAGUAUUAUAUUAUAAUUUUUCUUCAAUAAUUUCUGUACGUACACGUGAAAUAAACAAUAUGUGCUUAGAAAUAUUUACAAAUAUUCGAUAUAGUUUGGGACUUAUAUAAAACUUACAAAGUUUGAUAAGAAACUAAUAAAAUUCUAAUGUGAGUAUUGAAGAAAUCUCUUUUCUGAGUAGAUCACAGUAAGUUUGGACAAUUAAUAAAUGGUUGAUAAAAACAAAUUAAUUUAAAAAAAGGAAUAGGAAGAGUUGCAUACAGGUAGCAAUAAUAACAUGCACGUUGAAAUAUACAACGUUUUACACUGCAUAAUACUUUAUUACUUUAAAAAUGAGUAAGAAACGCUUGAUGCUUGAACGAUUUUAUAAACUGUGAAACAUCCAAUUUAAAGUUUACAAGAAGCGACUAGCUAAAAUCACAAACUAGUAGUAUAAUAUUAAUCUCGAGUAAAUUUUUUUUUAAGCUAAAGUCGUCAUCACAGAGUAAGUACAGAUGCUCUGAGGAUAUUUCAAUUCACUGAUGUGUGAUCAUAUUGUAUUUAUUAGCUUUUCGAAGAUAAAAGAAAAGAAGAAAACGAAUUAAAUUACAAAAACUUUAUCGCGAAACAUAUAUUUCACGAAUUAAUAAGUUUUGAAUGAAAAAAACCUUUAAUGUUCGUUCUGUUAUCAUUUUAUAAAUAAUGUUCACACUUGAUUGUACUGCAUUGAAAAUACCUCCAACUAUUGUCAGUGUAUAUCCAUGUUCGAUAUACAUGUAUAUUAUGUAUUCAAUAUAUAUGUAAUAUAUGUACAUACAUCUAACUGUAAAUCAAUACUGUUGUACUACAACAAAAAUACAAUUUCGUACAAGAUUA